AUGUUCUUUAAACGCUACGACCUAACAUAUACAAGCCAUGAAAACGGCUUUGUCACGGUUAGUCAAAUCCGAGACUAUCUGCUCCCAAAGGCCAAAAAUUCACGUGACAAAGCCGUUUUCAUGGCUUGUGAGAUCGCCUACAAGGCCGUGGUUUCUCGGCUUCCGAGUGCAGAUCAAUCCAUGCCGAGAGGUGAUUACGUGGCGUUGAAGGCACAGCAGAAUCAAGCACUUUGUUAUGUUAAAGUUUGUAUUAGGAGAACUAACUUCUUUCGCCGGACACCGGUCGUCGGAGUCAACUAUUGGGAGACGUUGGCGAUCAAGAUUACCUCCAUUGCAGCUCAGAUACUUGCUCCUUCAUAA